AUGAAUGUUUGCCGAAAGAAAGGUCGUUUGUCUUACUUCAUACGGUCGGAGGUUGAGGCGAAAAACCGUUCCGGCGUUAAUGCCUUACAAUAUGACCAGUGUACAGAAAGACUUUUUACUGCUGGACGUGAUUCUCUUAUCAGAGUUUGGAACACCAAAAAGCCUGCAGACCCUUUGGUUCAUACCAUGGAGCACCACGCCGAUUGGGUGACAGAUAUUGUACUCUGUUGUGGGGGUAAAAAUUUGAUAUCUGCAUCGAACGAUACAACUGUUAAGGUGUGGAAUGCAACAAAAGGAUUCUGUAUGUCCACGCUAGGCACACACAAAGACUAUGUACGAGUGCUUGCCUAUGCUCAACAUCGUGAAGAGGUUGCCAGCGCUGGUUUAGAUGGUGCUAUAUAUUUAUGGGAUAUCAGAACACUGACCGCAUUAACACCAACUAACAACACUGUUGAAACUCGUCCACUUACAACAAACGAUGAAAGUACAUACAGCUUAGCUAUGAAUCCACCUGGAACUGUUAUUGUAGCUGGUGGUCCUUACAAACGUAUCUGGGUAUGGGAUCCUAGAUCACGUAGUAAACCGUUCGAUUUACGCAGUCAUACAGAUAGUGUACGUGCUCUUGUUGUUCGAUCAAAUGGUGAAGAGAUUAUUAGUGGCAGUUCAGAUGGAACAAUCAAAAUCUGGUCUCUUGGUAUGCAACGAUGUACAGAUACAAUACGUAUUCAUAGUGAAAGUGUUUUUACACUUCAGGUUAAUAAUAACUGGACAACUAUUUAUUCUGCUGGUAAAGAUCGUAAAAUUUGGGCUACUGAUUUGCAUAAUCCGUGUCAUUCCACACUGAUCGGUGAAGAGACGGAUCCAGUACUAAGGAUUCUUUUGCAUGAAGGUCAGAAUCAAUCGUACAUAUGGUCUGCAACGUGUAAUACAAAUGUAUCACGUUGGCCUAUUAGACGUCCUGGUGGAAUAUACGGUCGAACAAUAAUAGAUCAUCGGCAUAAUUAUUCAAAUCAUUGUGGUGAUGUUAAUAAUAAUGUCGCUGCUGCUGCUGCUGCUACUGGUAAAGAAUAUUCUACAGACAAGCAUCAAAUAAUGAUGACAAAAUGCGCUGAACAUCUCACCACGCCAUUGUCUGUAUCAAUAUCAAAUGGUAUUUCAAAUGAUUUGACCAGAGAGGUGGACAAUUCUUCGCCAGCUGAUAAUACUACUACUAUUACUGCUAAUACUAAUAUUAAUACUACUACUAAUAAUGGCAAUGAAAGAUACAAUCACAGCACAACAUCGCUAAAACCUGAUUUUAUUAUAAAAGGUGGAUCACCAGUUGUACAGUUUCAUAUAUGUCCAGAGAAACGUUUUAUAUUAACAAAGGAUAGUGAAGGUGUAGUUGCAGUGUAUGAUGUUUUAAAGGCAUCAAUGAGUGAAUGUUUAGGCGUUGUUUCAUUUGAAGAAGAAAUAAAGAAACGCGAGAAACUCAUCUACGUUCCAAAUUGGUUUAUUGUUGAUUUAAAGUGUGGAAUGCCUAUAAUUCACUUAGAUGAAGGUGAUUGUUUAUCUGCCUAUAUCAAUGCCUCUGAUGCUGGUCUCCUGAAUGAAUUCAGCGAUCAUAAUGAGAAUAAAAAUUCGAAUUAUUGUUAUGAUACUAAAAUUAAUUAUGGUUUUGUGCUACUCAGAUCAUUGUUCGCACGUCGGUUACCUGUUGCUUCGGGAAAUAAUAAUCUGGACAGUGGCCGUAAUGAACUAGCUGCGGAUCAAAUUUUAGAAAUUCCUGGACAUACUCCAAUCAUACUAAGUGACGGUAGUGGUCGACCACUUGAUCGAUUGUUAGCUCGUGAUGCUUCAUCAUUCAGUGUACGAUUACGUCGGUGUAGUCCAGAGCCGAAAUGGAUUAUGGAAAUUGUAGAAUCUUGUAAGCUGCCCAAACCUGUGCGUAUAGCAUUUUGUCUGGUACCUGCAGUCAUCGAAGUAGACAAUCAAGGACAACAACGUGUAGUACCAAUGAAUUCGUUGAAAAGAGAUUCAUUAGCUGCUAAUGAUGUCCUUUUAAUCCGCAAAGUAAUGGAGCAUGUAUUUCAACGAUUGUAUAAACUAGCGGAUACAUUAACAACUAAUGGUACACUAUCGAAUCCACCAUCUCCUAGAUCAGGACAACAUGAUGAAACAGGAGGUCAGGGAAUGCCGCCAAAAUCAUCUACGGCCAACUCAUCAUCCUCCUCCUCCAAUUGUGGUACAACAUCUGAUCCUCAAACACCUGUAAUGGCACCUUUGAAUCUUCCUCCAGAAACACUACAAGUUGAUUUAGCUCGAAUAAUGGCUGCAGCUGCAUCCGGUGAUCCUAAUCCUGAGAAUAUUAUUGAAAUAUGGUGUGGAGAUCAGUGUCUCGAUCCAAAUAUGAAUUUACGCAGUGCUCGUUACUUCUACUGGAAACAAUCAGGUGACUUGGUAUUAAGCUACUUAGUUAGCAAAGAAAAUGGUAUCAACAACACUAACACUAACAAUAAUAAUAAUACUACCAAUCUAGAGAACACUAACACUCCCACGAGUAUUACUAAUUCCACCUAUCCACCGCCUAACAGUCGUCAUGAUACAACGGCAACAACAACUACUACUAACAAUAAUAAUAGUAAUAGUAAAAGAGAAGACAAUAUGAAGGAGAGUAAUGAGUCCGUGAUGAAGGAUGCCAAAGACUACAAGCUGACCAGUGGAUUCUCAGCAAUGAAUAUCAAUAGCUGAGCUAUGCAUUUCUGUUCUCUCUCUCUCUCACUCUACAAGAUGGAUUACAUCACAAGAAUAUACAUUGGCAAAUAGGGGUAGUAAUUAUUAUCAUUAUUAAUAUUAUUUUUAUUAUUAUUA